AUGGCGGUCGUGGGUCGCCGGUUUAAAAGACUGCUGGCGGGGAGGGAAGCAUCGCCCGGAGGAGAAGGGCGGCGGGACACUACAGGUUGCCGGAGGGCCGGGCCGGCGGGAGGCGUCGGUGCCAGAGGCUGUGGGCCGAUGCCGGGAGGAGCCAUCGUGCCGGGAGUUGGAGGUUCAUUGGGAGCCGGUGGAGCCGCCGGAGUCGGUGGAUUGGGCCGGUGGGGGCAGGGUACCGGAAGACCAGUGCGGGCAUUGAUGCCGGAUGAUGGGGACUGCACAGGUGUCGGCGUCAGACGGGGAGCUGCAUGGGUGGCGUUGGCAGACUGGUCCUGCAGCACGGUACAGCGGCGACGGUCCAACCUGCAACAAUGCAGGGUAUAG